AGCGGUGAGGCGGCGGCCGGGGGCCGAGGCCGGCGUCGGGCCUGCUCUUCCGGGAUGCGGCGGCGGCGGCGGCGGCAGUCCGGGCAUGAGCGACGUGGUGGAGCGGACGCUGAGCGCCCUGCCCGGCUGGCUGGGGCAGCAGCACGAGCCGGCGGCGGGGCCGGGCGGCGGCCCGGCGCGGCCCGGCAGGAGCGCGUCCACCUCGCGCCUUGGCGGGCUGAUCCGCAGCAUCACCGCGCUCGCCUCCAAGCAUGAAGAAGAAAAACUUAUCCACCAGGAAUUAAAUAAUUUAAAAGCCACUGUUUCUGCACCCACUACGACUCUGAAACUGAUGAAGGAAUGUAUGGUGAGGCUGAUUUAUUGUGAGAUGCUGGGCUACGAGGCCUCUUUUGGAUACAUCCAUGCUAUCAAGCUGGCACAGCAAGGCAAUCUUUUUGAGAAAAGAGUUGGUUAUUUGGCGAUUUCUUUAUUUCUGCAUGAAAAUCAUGAGUUGCUGGUUCUGCUUGUCAACACAGUGGUGAAGGACCUGCAGAGUACGAACCUCAUGGAAGUGUGCAUGGCUCUUACAGCAGCAAGCCAGCUUUUCCCCCAAGAAAUGAUCCCAGCUGUCCUUCCACUCAUAGAAGAUAAACUCCAGCAUUCCAAGGAAAUUAUUCGAAGCAAAGCCAUCCAGGCCCUCUACAAGUUCUACCUAAUUGCUCCUAACCAAGUCCAGCACAUUCACGACAAAUUCCGGAGGGCGCUUUGUGACAGGGACGUGGGCGUUAUGGCGGCGUCUUUGCACAUCUAUCUACAGAUGGUGAAGGAAGAUUCCUGGGAAUACAAGGAUUUGACGGGCAGCUUUGUAACAAUUCUGAAGCAAGUGGUUGGAGGAAAACUCCCUGUGGAUUAUAACUAUCACAGUGUUCCAGCCCCUUGGUUACAAAUCCAGCUUUUGAGAAUAUUGAGGCUACUUGGAAAAGAUGAUCCAAGGACCAGUGAAUUAAUAUAUGAAGUUUUGGAUGAAUCUUUAAGGAGAGCAGAGAUCAAUCACAACAUUACCUAUGCAAUCUUGUUUGAGUGUGUCCACACCAUUUACACAAUUCACCCCAAAUCUGAUCUGCUUGAGAAGGCCGCCAAAUGUAUUGGGAAAUUUGUCUUGUCGCCUAAAAUUAAUUUGAAAUAUUUGGGAUUAAAGGCCUUAACGUAUGUUGUCCAGCAGGACCCCAACCUUGCUCUGCAACACCAAAUGACAAUAAUUGAGUGUCUGGAACAUCCUGAUCCCAUUAUUAAAAGAGAGACCUUGGAACUUCUGUAUCGAAUAACCAAUGAACAGAAUGUCACUGUCAUUGUACAGAAGAUGCUUGACUACAUAAAUCAAAGCAAAGAGGAAUAUACCAUCAUCAGUAUCGUUGGAAAAAUAGCAGAAUUAGCUGAAAAAUAUGCUCCAGACAAUGAAUGGUUCAUCCGGACUAUGAAUGCCGUGUUUUCUGUAGGAGGAGAUAAAAUGCAUCCUGACAUUCUAAACAGUUUCUUGCGACUUCUUGCUGAAGGCUUUGGAGAUGAAAAGGAAGACAUUCAGCUGCGGUUUCACGCUGUCCAAUCUUACCUGUCAUUAUUAGAGGACAAAAAUGCAGUUUAUCCACAGAAAUUUCUUCAAGUGAUGAGUUGGGUAUUGGGGGAGUACAGUUACCUCCUGCAAAAUGUGGACCCUGAAGUUGUUUUAACGAGUUUGUAUCGGAUCCUUAAAAACAAUGCCACUUCUGAAACCAAAGCUUGGAUUACAGCUGCAAUUUCUAAAAUAGCUUCUCGUACCACUUGUUCAAAGACAGUUGAGAAAUUUCUCUUGGAAUUCAGUACAUCGCUGGAUACCAGCAUGAGACAGCAUGCAUUUGAGUUAAAAUAUCUCUAUGAAGAUAAAGAAUCGAUGAAGAGAUUGUUUCCACUUGAUGCAAGUUGUAAGACCAUUGUGGUCGAUGCUUCCUUAUCUUUCUUAGAUGGGUUUGUUGCUGAAGGCCUGGAAAGGGGUGCAUUACCAUAUAAACCUCAUCACCAAAGACAGGAAGAGAAAUUGUCCCAAGAAAAAGCUCUGAACUUCGAACCCUAUGGCGAAUUGCUUUCUCAGAGUUUCCCCGUAUCCAGAAUUAUGGGCCGACAGUCUCCAACGGGGCUUUCUCUGGGCUCAGAUAAUAGUGCUGACACGGACCAGAAAGAGAAGAACAACAGUCUGAAGCUUGAGGGUGUAAAGAAAUUGUGGGGCAAAGAAGGCUACCUCCCCCAAAAGAAGAAUCAAGCAGAAAGAGAAGAAAAUGUCCAGGCCGUUCUGCAGGGCGGCCCAUGUGUAGAGCCUGGUGUUGGUAGUUUGCCAUUGCCACCUAAGCAAGACAUGACAGACAUCGCCGAAGGGACAAAAGAGAAGCAGCAGCUAGCUUCAGCACUCUUUGUCGGCCUAGGAUCCCAAAGCAGCGUCAGUCUGAUGGGCAAAGGAGACCCCACAGCCCAGAAGUUUACCAGGAAAUUGAGAAUAAACGAAGCCCCCGAUAACGAGAGUUCACUGAGUAUGGAAAACACAGCGGGUGCUUCCCUAUUUCCAGAAGGAUUAACUGGGAGCAAGGACCUUUUUGUAAACCAUAGACAUCUAAGGCUCAGGAAAGCUUCACUAAGUUCUGCUGAAACGACUGAAUCGAAAAUGGUGCUUGAUCGCUCCCAUUCAUUGCCCGAAGGUGGGUUGAAUGAGCAGUCUCUGGAUCACCAACUUUCGCCACCUUCUUUGUUUACCCAUGGUCCUAUGGACAUUUUCUAUCCUUCUCCAAGCACCCCAGCUGUAGUUCAAACGCAACUCUCUGUGACCCCUUAUUUACCAGAAGAGGCAGCCAAACAUCCUCAUUCAGAAAUUUCAGAACUCUGUGGCAAUGAAUCCCUGCUUUUAUACUUUUCUAAAGUCUGGAAAGACGACCGUCUUCUGCUUUUUUUAUUUCUUGCCAAUAGAAGCCCUUCCAUUCUUAAAGAUGUAAGACUGGAAUUUCAACACUCAGAACAUUUUAAGAUGGUAGAAAGUCUUGGCUGCCAACUUGCUGUAAUAGAAAGUAAAAAUAUAGAAAGCUUCCAGAUAUAUGUAGAGAUGGAGGAACCCUGCUCAUCAGGGAAGAUCUUUGGUUGCAUCAGUUACCUGCUAGAAUUGGAUGUACAUCUCAGAUUUUCUAUAUCUUUAGAGCUGUUGGACUUUAUCAGACCAAUGACGAUGACCACGGAUGAAUACGGAAAACUGUGGCUCUCCCUUUCAAACGAAGUCAGGCAAAACCUAAAGGUGGCACCAUCUCAAGGAGCUUUGUCAGUGAUUCUAGACAUCUUUCAGCACAAACUGAAGCUACAUAGUGUUGAUAUCAUAGGAAACGAGGGAAUAGCAGCUUGCCAACUGCUUCCGUCAAUCCCGUGUCUUCUUCACUGCCGCCUCCAUGCUGGGAUGUUGGCCUUGUGGUUCAGGUCGCCUUGCUCUGCUCUACCAGACAGUUUGCUUUAUCAGUGUCAGAAGGUGAUGGAAGAAUCUUGAAAACCACAUUGUCUCCUUUUCUGACUGGUAUGAAGGAAGGGUGUGGUUUUGCAUAGUGGUUUGCCAAAGCCAACUCCUAUACUGCAUGGAGUGGAGGUGUAUUGUGGCAUCAGGGUGCCUCUCCUUCCAAUGGGGGGAAAGAAACCAUCAGGAUCAGUCCAACAUUGACAAGACAGCAAGGUAUGGGUAGCUGAAUAAGACAUGUUAUGCAAGCCCACAUUUUCUAUUAUGUAUUUGUAUAACAGCAGAUUAUUAGUAGGAUCAGCUACUUCAAUUACUCAGUCAUUAUACUCCAUAGUGCAAAGAACUGUCUUCAGCUCUGUCUACUUUGGUUAAGCUCCUGAAGUGACAUCUUAAGCACCAGUGUUAUAGAAACAACCUGCAGAUCACCAAAAUGCAGGGAUAAUAACUAUCCAUGAUUGCCUCAUAAUUGCAUGUCAUGGCUGGGCCAUGGCACUGUGCAAAAGUUCUUGACUUGGCACUGGUCACCGUUGACUGUACCUCAACAAAAGGUUUGGACAUCAGAGCUGGGUUCUGUCUUCAAUGUUUUUAUGGUAUUGGAAUAUAGUAGGAUGACUGGUUUUGUUUUUUUGAUCAAGGAACUGCUUCUUGCAGCUUGCGAUGGGCAAUGUGGCUCUAGUUGGCCAAACUGCUAUACUUUUGCUGUGCUUUGGGGUUGAUAUCUGAAGUGCAGCGUCUCUAUCUGAAUUAAAAGGACUUCGGUUUUGGUGUUUAAAGAUCCCAGGUAUGCAGUCCAAAGAGUUUCUGUAGUUUUUGCAUGAACUUCCAGAUCUUCUGACUUGGUAAGCUGUCCCUCCUCAUCUUUCUGCCACAGCUACCUUUGGCCAUGGUGAAAAUGUAACAUCUAAAUAUACUUCCUUUUAUAAGAAAAGGUGACCUUGGAAGGACCCCAUGAUUUGUUACACAUAGCCCAGUGUUGCUGUAAUAGCAUCUUUUUUUGUACUGCAAGAUGCUUUUGCUUGUUUAAAUCAUUUCUGUUUCAGUUUGUGACUUAAACAUAGUUAUUCCCACUGAAUUUGCUUAGCAACAGAAGUUCCAGUCACAACUGUGGUCAUAAGUCGAGGACUACCUGUAGCAGAAACGAGGCUUAUUUGCUAAAAGGCUAGAAAAUGAGGCUGAACAUCCCCCCACAUUUAUUUUUAUUUACUUUAAUACUCUUUGCUGUUGCCACAGAAGGGAACUUCCAACUUUUCCAUGUUGGUUGUGGUGCCCCUCGGCAAUUCUUGGUGAAAAGGUAAAGUAUGUCCUGCAAAUUGGGUUUACAGCACAUCACCGGAUUGUCCUGUACACACAAAUAAGCAAAAACCCGAAGUGGCAGUGACUCUUUCUGAGGUGCAGCCAAAGUUCCCAACUCUUUUGGUCAACGGUGAGGAUAAGUACAAACACAGCCGGUGUUUCAGUACGUUUGCCAGUGGACGAUUUAGAUCUUUUUGCCCACUGGAAAACUUAAUCUCAAAGUGCAGGCAGCAUGCCAGAAGACUCAUAAGACUUGUUUAAUUUUUUAAUCAUAAUGCUAGCUGAUCUUGGUGUUAAGAUGGGAGCAGAAGGUUGGUUAUUUAUUUAUUUAUUAAAUAAAGCUCUGAUUAGAUACAAACAGGCAUUGUAAAAUGACCGUUUUUAUGGAGAACUAUACAUAGGAAAACAGAAUUUAAAACAAUGUUGUCUAAUUACACGUAUGCACUGAAGGUCCAUACCAUACAUAGUCUUGUCUGCAGAGCAGGUGACAAAAGGAUUUUUGCAGUGCCUUUAAGUGAUAGCCAUUUAUUUGUUGAUAUUUAACAGUCUUAGAAUCAGGUUGACAGUAGUGUUUUUUUUAAAAAUCCGUUCAAUCGUGUCCAAUUCUCAGAGGCUGCCUGGACAAGUCCCUGCAGUUUUCUUGGCAAGGUUUUUUGGAAGUGGUUUGCCAUUGCCUCCUUCCUAGGGCUGAGACAGAGGGACUGGCCCAAGGUCACCCAGCAGGCUUCAUGCCCAAGGCAGGACUAGAAUUCACAGUCUCCUAGUUUCUAGGUUGGGGCCUUCACUGCUAGACCAAACUGGCUCCCGUUAUAUUAAUAGAUGUAUUUAAAUCUGUUAAAUCUCCAUUCCAAAAAUGAUUCAGAGCAGCUCCCAACUUAGAAAAGGAAUAACAAUAUUUACUUUCAUUUGCCUCUUUACUCCAGGACUGUGGGUCUAAUGAUCACACAGACCACCACAAAGCCAUCUUAACUUCUCCAAGACACUGGUAUGUAGGCUGGAUUCACUCAUACUCCACUAUAGUGAUUUGUUUAGUUUUAGUUUAGUGUUGAAUAUGAUUGUGGUCAUUAAUCUUGGUUAAAACAAAUAUGGCUUAGGCCAUAUUCAGACUUACUGACAGGAAAUGGAGGCCUGUGGAUCUGUGGUUCUGAGGCAAUAUAAAAUUGUGACUCUUCAAUCUUUAUUCUGCCAGUUUUGGGUUCCCUGCCUAAGGAGACUUCAGUGGUUCCUAGUUCUUGAUAGAAAAGGUACCAAUGAGGUUGGGGUUAUAUUCUGAGUAGGUCUAAAAAACAUGGCCCUUCUGUGCCAGAAGGAUCUCUAUCCUGUGAUCAUCUUUUUUUAACACAGGGAUGACCACUGGAGGCGAAAAAGUGUGCAAUGUUGUUCUGUCAAAUGCUGUUCAGUAAUUUUAGGAAGCAGACAAGGCAAGAAAACAUGUCCUCCAAGGUCAUUCUCUACUCUCCUUGCUUACCUUCCUCAAACUGAAAGAGGUGGAGUUGCACUGAGCAACCAUUGCACCAAGAGACUUGAACGUUUGGCCAGCUUAAUCACACUUCUAAUCCUUACUUUCACCCAACUCCUCUUUUUUAACUUAAGCAAUUGUUUAAUCAAGGAAGAUCGAUGCUUUUGAACUGUGGUCAUGGAGGAAAAUUCUGAGAGUGCCUUGGACUGCAAGAAGAUCCAACCAGUCCAUCCUCCAGGAAAUGAAGCCAGACUGCUCACUUGAGGGAAUGAUAUUAAAGGCAAAACUGAAAUACUUUGGCCACAUCAUGAGAAGACAGGACACCCUGGAGAAGAUGCUGAUGCUAGGGAGAGUGGAGGGCAAAAGGAAGAGGGGCCGACCAAGGGCAAGGUGGAUGGAUGAUAUUCUAGAGGUGACGGACUCGUCCCUGGGGGAGCUGGGGGUGGUGACGACCGACAGGAGGCUCUGGCGUGGGCUGGUCCAUGAAGUCACGAAGAGUCGGAAGCGACUGGACAAAUAAACAACAACAAUUGUUUAAUUGGCAGUAUGGCAUUUUCCCCCAGCAUUGCAGUUGGAGCUGAACAAUUAGGGGAUGUUGCUGCUUGUUUUUUUUUUGGCUUGGGCAGUUGCUGUUGGACUGUAGAGCUCCUGAUGGUUUAUGGUUGGCCAACACCCUUGGAAUCAUGGAAGGAUUAGGACUGGGUAUUUUCUUGCUUGUUGAAUAGUAAAGCUUUCUUUUUGGUCCUUUGUCCGGUGAGAACUUCAUUUAAUGACUCUCCAAAGAGCCUAGCAUUUAUAAAGGAAGCCCCCAGUUAGCUGUAAUUUUGACUCCCAGUCUACAUCCUACUGGAACACACAAAGCCAAAUUAACACCGUUACUGGCUGCUUUUAAUGGGUAUAGCAGAAAGCUGCUUUGGGGGGGCUGUGAACGGAUGGUGAUGGGACUAAUCUCUGCAAGGCACUUUUUUUUUACUUGCAGUUGGCACAUCUAGAGGCAGCAUAGCCUUAGUAUCUGGAAUAGGGAAAGGAAGAUAAACAGCUUCCAUAUAGGAAAUGCAUUGUGCCACUAGUAGCUUCCGAAAAUUUCUGCACAGACCGUACUGCUGUUGCGCUUUGCUUGCUGAAGGGAAAUCUCUUUCCUUUGUGUUACUUCCUGUUGUUCUAAUUUACUAAGAGGAAGCCUCUUCAGGUUUGAAGAUAGCCGGAAUCCCCAAAGAGGCCAAGUUCUGCAGAACGGGGCCUGCCAACUUGCUCAGUUUGGAAGCAAGAAAUGUAAAUGUCAAGUCACGUUUACAGAAUUUUGUGUAGAUUUUACAUAAAAUAAUGUAAAACGUUAAUGGGUGUGAAUUGUUGCCUGAACUUGAUGGGAGGAAAGAUGGCUUGCAAGGAUACAAGGAUGGAGAGAUGUGGCUAUAAUUAUUUUUUCUGAUCUUAUGCCUUUAAUUUCUUUUGCUUACCAUUUCACAGUCCCCAUAACAUUGCUUGUUCUGCAAGGCAAACAAUUAUGGAUAUAUAUGGAUGGAUGGAAGACUGUGUUGCUAAGUAGAUGGCCAAGGUCCAUGUGAAGUGCUCAAGGGUAAAUAGUAUGUCCUCUGUGAAUUGCAUACAGUUCUGAUGGUAGUAUAUUCACCCUUUCAAAGUUCACAAGUCUUCUCACCCAAGAAAAUAUAAUGCAACUAACUAACAAAAGGAUUGAGUUUUUGUAGUUUUUUUUCUUCCUGGUUUUCAGUGUUGUCCCAAAGGAAUGUGUUCAAAAUGCACUAAAGAAACGUAUUAAAAUCAUCUACCAAGACUAUUGUAUGUUCAUGUUUACUAGAUGCCUUAUGGAUUAAAAAACAGCAGCCUAGAGGUUGAAGUAAUUAAUACACUGGAAAUACUGUUCCCAUAUGACUGUUAAUGAUGUAUCAUCAGAUUUAAAGGCUGUGACUAUCUGUGAAUUCAAUAUAUUGUAACAGCUUAGGAAGCUAUAAUUUCUGGUCUGUGCAGUUUUUUUUAACCACUUCCAUCAAAGGAGGCUUACCACCUUAUAAGAGGUGGGGAGCUUCUGGCCCUCCAGAUCUUGCUCAACUACAACUCCCAGCAUCCUUCACUAUUGGUUGCAGUUGUAGCUGAGCCAUAUUUGGAGGCUGAGAAGCCUCCUACCCAUCUUCUGACACUAAAGAGCUAGUCUGUCUGCACACUGCUCGUUUUUGUUCCAAAUGCUGAAUUUUACCACUACUGUUCAAGUAUGUAGAAUUUAACUGAACAAAGCUUGGUGGGACUUAAUGGGUUUUCCUUACUGGUACCCCUGGUACUUCCUUUUUAUUUUCAAACUGUCUGCAGGAGUGGUUUGGUAUUGUUCUUAUUGCCAUGUAACUGAAACUAACUGCAGUGUAAUAAAUUAUCCUGCUGCAGUAAACAA